GAGGAGGAGGAGGAGGUGGAGGAGGAGGUGGUGGAGGAGGGGUGGUGGUGGUGGAGGAGAAGAAGAAGGAGACGAGCAGGAGCAGCAGCUCGUGGUGGCGACGCCGCCAACGGCUGCGUUGAUUCUGCCAGGGCCGCGCAUGCUUCACCAACGUACCGCUACAACAACGAUAACACCGCCUGCGACGUCAUCCUCCAACAUGUUCCCCCAACAAUACUGCCUGAGAUGGAAGUACCAUCACAGCAACCUGCAGACCAUGUUCUCACAGCUGCUCGAGCGGCAGGCCUAUUGCGACGUCACGCUCGCAUGCGAGGGCAAGACACUGAGAGCGCACAAGGUCGUCCUAUCGGCAUGCAGCACCUACUUUGACACGAUCCUGUCGCAAUACGAAGAGAAGGAUCCUAUCGUAAUCAUGCGCGACGUCAAAUUCUCGGACAUCAAAGUACUCGUCGAGUUCAUGUACAAGGGAGAAAUUAAUAUCGAUCACACAAGAUUGUCCUCCUUAUUAAAGACAGCCGAGGAUCUUCAUAUCAAAGGUCUUGCGGAGGUCAGCUGGCGUAGCGAUUCAACGCAAAAUGACUUAAGUAACAGUGGUCACAGUCCUGGUGCUGCUACACCAGGGGUUGAAACAGUUUUAAGGGAAGGUGACACGGAUGAACCACAGCCUCCAAAACAGAGGCGUAGAGGACGUCCGCCAUUGGACGAUACACCUACGACGCACGACGUCUUUACCCCAAAAAUCACAUGUAUCACUGGAAACUAUGCUACAUCGAAUUCGCAGGAGGAAAUGAUGAGCGAAGGUGACCACGAAAGUUGGGACGACGAGAUGAUGAUGAACGAGAAUAACGAAACGCCACUGCCGGUGCUAUCCUAUAUGCCGAAGGAGGACAGUAGUACCUCCGAUCAAGAAAAGAAAGCGCCUACGACGCCAGCGUCAAAUUCAAAUGCGACGAACCUGUCGAUCCCGGAACAAUUUCGGGACGUCGUUAAGAUGAACGAUUAUUUGACGACGGGUCGCCGACAAGAAUUUUGGGAGGAACCAUUCACGCGACGCGUUAUGGAUGCCAUCAAGAGUAAGGAGUUAGAAAUGAAGACUGCUGCUGAGAUACUCGGCGUUUCUUACGGGACCCUUUAUGGGAGAUAUCGUGACAGUUAUGGUUGCCUUAAACACCCGUAUAGAGUUAGGGAUUUUUGGUCGGAACCUGGACCAGCGGAAGUCCUCGCAAAAUUACGAAGAAAGGAGAUAACGUUGUUCCGAGCUGCUGAGUUCCUCAAUGUAACCGUACACACGCUGGCAACGUACCUGUCGACCCUACAAGGCUCCGAAAGGAUUUCGUUAGCCGGUGACGUUAGUGCGACAUCCGUAAACGUCGAGGGUAACGAUACCACCACGCAGGAGAACAACGAGUCGGUUAACGAUAUUAUACAAAAGAUCAAUGCCAACGCUGUAACCGCAGCAACCCCGACUACCUCGACGACAAUAAAAAGGGAAGGUGGUGGUUACUUGGAGGUACCUACGGCAGUACCAAAAGCUGCUACAUCCGUUCUCGAAAACAAUCCAGACAUAACGAUCGUCAAGACCGAAAAUCUACCGCGUAAACGUGAAUAUGCAAAGAUUUCCAAUACAGAAAACAACAAUGCAAAACUGAUGAGCGGUGGUGCCGUCAGUGAGAUUACGACUCAAUCGUCUCAACAGCAACAACAGCAACAGCAACAGCAACAACAGCAACAACAACAGCAACAACAGCAACAGCAACAACAACAGAAGAUCACCGAUCCGCUCUCAUUGAACAACGAUAACAGUAAACCCUAACUAUUCAGGCCUUAUUUAACACCGGCGAGUCCAAGAAUAACAGGCGCCAAUGCCAGUUAUAGAUCCGAACUCUGUCCCCGGAGAUUUUAUUCGAACGUAUUUACGCGCUUCUUGACUAAUUUUCAUUUGAAGUAAAAAUUAAAUUGAACAAAUAUAUAUAUAUAUAUAUGUAUGUAUGUAUGUAUGUAUGUAUGUAUAUGUAUAUGUAAUUUGAUUAAUUAAUUUAUAGAUCGUGACAUCAUUCGUGAUCGAUCUCCGAGGAUCCAUCCAUUCAUCCUUCUUUCUCCUUUUAUCGUAUCUUCUCUUCUCUUUUCUCUCUCUCUCUCUCUCUCUCUCUUUCUCUAAAUCUCUAAAUCUAAAUCAUUAAUCAAUUGUCCAUCUUGUCUCUGUCUCUGUCUGUAUCUAUCGUCUCUCGUCUCGUUCGUCGUCCACGUGAACAAAGUUCUGACUAGAUUUAGAAAAUAUUUUAAUAAUUUCUAUUUAAUUGAGCGAUUAAUAUGGUGUCAUGUAAUAACAACAGAAAAUUGAGUGUUUGUAUGUGUGUGUGUGUGUUUGUGCGCGUGUGUGUAGGUGUGUAUACGUUCGACGAGCAUGACACCCAUGAUCUAUUUUUCUUUCUCGAUCCUUUACCGUUCGUCCAAUUUUCAUUCUCUUUCAAUACUCUAUCAUCUUACGGAUCCUAAUGAAAUUAUUAAACGAUUAAAUAAUAACAGUUCGGAAA